CAGUUUCUCUUCCUAACAAGCAAAACCAAAACGGAUCAAAUCAAAAUUUAGAGGAAAAAAAAAAAAUUAGCGUAGCAUUUUGAUUUUCCCUUCUCGAUAUAUACCCAUUGUCUCUCCUCCCCUAAUUUCAUCUGGGUUUCAAGAAACAAUAGGGGUUUCUUCCGUUUUUUACUGGUCGGAGAGAAGACGAAAUGGCGACGAACAUUGGGAUAAUGGACAGUGCUUACUUCGUCGGGCGAAACGAGAUUCUCUCCUGGAUUAACAACCGGCUUCAGCUGAAUCUCUCCCGCGUCGAAGAGGCUGCGUCUGGUGCUGUGCAAUGCCAGAUGAUGGACAUGACCUUUCCAGGAGUCGUGCCAAUGCACAAGGUUAAUUUUGAUGCCAAAACUGAGUAUGAGAUGAUACAAAACUACAAGGUCCUGCAAGAUGUGUUCAACAAAUUGAAAAUUGAAAAGCACAUUGAAGUGAACAGGCUUGUCAAAGGCCGGCCACUGGACAACUUGGAGUUUCUGCAAUGGCUGAAACGUUACUGCGAUUCUAUAAACGGCGGAAUCAUGAAUGAGAACUAUAAUCCGGUGGAACGGAGAACAAAAGGCGGAAAAGAUAGGACCUUUAAGUGUUCUACCAAGACAUCAAAGUCGCUUCAAACAAACAACAUGCAUAUUCCAGGUACCAACAAGCAUACGGUUGCGGGUGGGAGCAACUCCUCGGCCGAGGUUCAGGCUUUGUCAAAGGAGCUUACAGAAAUGAAGCUCUCUGUGGAUCUCUUGGAGAAAGAAAGAGACUUCUACUUCUCCAAGCUCCGGGAUAUCGAGAUACUCUGCCAGACUCCUGAAAUCGAACAUCUCCCUAUAGUAGAAGCAGUGAAGAAGAUAUUGUAUGCAACGGAUGCAAAGGAAUCCGCGCUUGAAGAAGCUCAAGAUUAUCUAAGCCAGUCUCUCGGAGAGGAUGAUGAAGAAGAAGAACCCAAAGCUUAACCUUUGUCGGGAGAAGAUAUGAAAAACCUCCAUAUGUCCAUCGCCUUCUUUCCCCGACACUCUCGCGGGUAGACAUUACUAUUGAAACCUCGACCCGCUGAACUGUGAAUGAUUCUACUUUUCUUUUGUCUGGUGGAGGGAAUUCGGUCAUCUUUCACUGAACACGGCACUGAGUCGCUGACUCGGUGAGUUGAGAAUUUCGAGCUAACUGGGCAAAUGGGCCUUAUAGCGGAUCUUAAUAUUAA